AUGUAUGCCUUGACACACGAGUACUGGUGGAUGGAGGCCCUGAAAGGUGCAGCCCCCGUGUGGUCGGAGAGCCCGGGUGGAAGACUCUUCAGCUUGGCUCUCCUCUCCACAGAUGACCUACCAAAGCCACAGAUUAUCACCCAGCCAGAGCCUACCGUGGCCAUCGUGGGCAAGGACAUCCGGUUCACGUGCUCCGCUGCCAGCAGCAGCAGCUCCCCCAUGACGUUUGCCUGGAAGAAGGACAACGAGGCCCUGGCCAACGCCGACAUGGAGAACUUCGCCCACGUCCGCGCCCAGGACGGGAAGGUGAUGGAGUACACCACCAUCCUGCACCUGCGCCACGUCACGUUCGGACACGAGGGCCGCUAUCAGUGCGUCAUCACCAACCACUUCGGCUCCACCUACUCGCACAAGGCCAGGCUCGUUGUGAACGUGUUGCCGUCCUUCACCAAAAUCCCCCACGACAUUGCCAUCCGGACCGGCACCACGGCCCGCCUCGAGUGUGCUGCCACUGGCCAUCCUAACCCCCAGAUCGCUUGGCAGAAGGACGGAGGCACGGACUUCCCCGCCGCUCGUGAGCGACGCAUGCACGUCAUGCCCGACGACGACGUGUUUUUCAUCACGAACGUCAAGAUCGAGGACAUGGGGGUGUACAGCUGCACUGCCCAGAACUCGGCCGGCACCGUUUCCGCGAACGCCACCCUGACGGUCUUUGAAACCCCAUCCUUGGUGGUGCCCCUAGAAGACCGUGUGGUGUCCAUGGGAGAAACGGUGGCACUCCAGUGCAAAGCGACCGGGAACCCAACGCCCCGCAUCACCUGGUUAAAGGGGGGCCGCCCUCUGAGCCUCACCGAGCGGCACCACUUCACGCCUGGCAACCAGUUGCUCAUCGUCCAGAACGUGGUGGUGGAGGACGCGGGCCAGUACACGUGCGAGAUCUCCAACACCCUGGGCACGGAGCGCGCGCACAGCCAGUUGAGCAUCCGGCCCGCCCCCGGCUGCAGGAAGGACGGCAGCACCGUGGGCAUCUUCACCAUCGCCGUGGUGUGCAGCAUUGUCCUGACGUCCCUGGUCUGGGUGUGCAUCAUCUACCAGACCCGGAAGAAGAGCGAGGAGUACAGUGUCACCAACACAGAUGAAACCAUUGUGCCACCGGAUGUUCCAAGCUACCUCUCAUCUCAGGGGACUCUUUCUGACCGGCAGGAAACUGUGAUCAGGACAGAGGGUGGCCCUCAGGCCAAUGGACACAUCGAGAUCAACGGUGUUUGUCCACCAGACACCAGCCUCUUCUCAGAAGUGGACGCUCAUGGCUCUACGUGCAGGCAGCCCAAGCUCUGCGUCGGCUGUAACAGGGAGCCCUGGAACGUGAUGGAGAAAGCCCGGCGGAGGUCUGGGCCGCAGAAGAUGGAGCAUGGUGGCCCGGGGGCGUGUGGGGACUGCAACACGGACACGGACGGUUACUGCAAGGAACAAGCUGUCUAUCCUCCGCCUGUGCCCAGAGACAGUACACAGCCAGGGACACUAAGCAGCCAGGAGCCCAGUCAGACGGCCCGAGAACACUCUCUGCCUCAUCUGACCCCUGGGAUAGCUGACGGGUCCCGCACCGACUGCAGGGGGUCCCUCUACCCCAGUAACCACGACAGAAUGCGGACAUCCUUGAAGAAAAAGCCACUGGCACCUGCAGAUGGGACAGGGGCCUCUUCGUGGACUUUAGCAAGGCUGUGUGAGCCAGACUCCAGAGACCUCCAGCCUCCCUCGACAUUAACUCCAAGCAGUCCUGAGCUCACCGAAGCCGCCACGGGCUUUCCCGAGGGCCCCAGUGAAGGCCAGCACUUGCUUCUUUCCAACGGACAUCUCCCCCAGGCGUGUGACUCCAGCCCCGAGUCCCCAGCGCUGACAGGACAGCCCCCCAGGAAGCGGGGCGUGCCCCUGCUCUUCGCACCGAAAAUCUAGGCUUCAUCUACCUCAGCUCUUGUGCCCGUCUCUACAGGAAAGAGAGGUAGGAGAGGCUGUAAAGGAAGCUUGAGUUCAAGCGUCACUGACGUGUACAGAGUUUUUAAACUCCCAUGUGGAGUGUCCGUGGUUUAAAGGACUUGCAGCUGAAGUGCAGAACUGCAAGAGGCUAUUGUGUACAAAAGCAGAAAAGUACUUGAUACCCUUGUACAUAAGAGUUUUCAGAGAUUUCCUAUAUAUUAUAUAUCUUUUGCAGAGGCUAUUUUAAUCUGUAGUGCAUGGUUAACAGAAAAAAAGUACAGUUUUGACAAUAUUAUUUUUCAUAUCAGGUUGCUGUUUAAUUUUGGAAGCGGGGUGGGGAAGAGUUCUGGUGCCUUAAUGCAUGGAUGGAAUUUGUAGAGACUAAAAACCACAUUUGCUCCCAGGAGUUUCUGGAGGGCAGGGAGGGGGGGCAGGCCUGGGGUUUGCCUUGCACUUCCCAGGACAACACCCUGGGAUGCGGGCCACUCCGGGCCUUCAUGUGCAUUGGAAUCCGCAUUGGAAUCCACUUCCCGUCAGUAACGCUCCAGCAGCUCGCCUCCCCGCAGCGUCCCGAGAUGCCCGAGUCGCCCCGUACCUCUGCCCUACAGGACUUGCUCUUGUAAGUUUAAGUUCCUUGCCGAGCAGAAGGGGUCUUGUUGAUCCACUGCAAGCCUUUGUUCCAAACAGUGAAGCACUGCCUUCCUUCCUUCUCUGAGAACAGCAAACGUGGUGGUCAUCAGUAUCACUCGAUUGUCCUUUGAGGCUUAUUUUACUAAGGUAGAGGCUGCUGGUGUUGGUACCUGUGGAUUUUUCAAUAGUGAGGUUUUAGUUCUGCCAAUAUAAUUCACGUGACAUUGAUCAGGGGGGAGAGAAAGGGUCCAGUCCUUACUUUUCAGGGCUAGCUUCUCUCUACUGAGGAUCCGGAGCACGUCUGUCCACGUCCUUCCCUCACACAGACAGACCCGGGCUGGGACCGUAACGAGUCGAAGCCCCCGACCUGGGUAUAUUUGCACUUUCGAGACCUGUAGCUAACCAUCUUGUGAGUGCCAAUGUGUAUUUCAGGAAAAAUUACAUUGAAACAAGGUCCUUUAAAAAAUCUCAGAAAGCAAGUAAGUAAGUUCCUUUACCCAAAAAGCUGAAGGUAGAGACUGACAAAAUAGUUGUUAAAAUAAUUUUACUGUCCGGGGUCAUCACUGUUCUAAAAGGUAAGCACAUUUAGAAUUGUGUUCUCAACAGUCAACUGAUUAAUGUUACUUCCACAAAAUAUGUGAAUUUGCUGCUUCUGAGAGGCAAUGUGAAAGAGGAAGUAUUACUUUUAUGUACAGUUAUUUAUUUAUAGAAAUUUUGGUACAAUGUACAUUGAAAAACAUGUAAAAUAUUGAAGUGUCUAACAGCGUUGAAGUGUCUUUAAUAAAGGUUCAUUUAUAAAUGUU